CGGCCCUUGUACCCGACGACCAGUGACUGUUCAACGGCCAUCCCAGAAGUACAUCUGAGUGCAGACAUCAAGGACAACAAAAUACAUAUAUCUUCAAAGUAUACGUGAACUCGACUUCAUCAUGUCUUUUUUUCGCCUAUCUACAAGGGCUUUACCCGCCAAUUUGCUCCCUCGCCAACACGUCGCCCGCCGCACUAUUGCAACAGCAAGCAAGAAGGAAUGGCUAUGCAUUAUUCCUGAUACACCUGAGGGUCCCGAACUGAGGAAGAAGGUUCGAGCAACUCACAUGGAAGGAGUCGGUCCUCUCGUCCAAGCGGGAAAGCUGGUUGCCGGUGGUGCGAUGCUGGCCACUCAUCCCGAGGAAGGCAAAGAUCUGGCAUUCAAGGGCAGUAUGCUUGUGUAUAUGGCUGAAAAUUUGGACGAAGUGCACCAGCUUAUCAACGGCGAUAUCUAUGCUAAGAGUGGCGUUUGGGAUCUGGGGAAGGCGCUUGUUGUUCCGUAUUUGUCGGCUGUGAGGGAGCCUUUGAAGAAGGAUUAAUGAGAACUAUCUAUCUUAACUAGUGUCUCAGAGAGUGCCGGUGCUGUUUUUCUCCCAAUAUAUUAGAGAUUAGCCAUCGUUGAGCGUAUAUGGUUUCUUGCAGCACUUGGAGCUGAUUAAGCAUUUUACCUAUGAAUUAUGCAACAGGCGUCUGGAUCUCCUCGGACCAUUUCUUAUAAAACACCGAGCGUAUUCCAACCGGAAUGUAGUACGUGGCUGCGGCCACAGAAUCCUCCAUACUAGGC